AUGGAAGUCCCAUUUAGAUACUUUUUGACCAACAAAUUAUCGCAAGAUCAUUUAGAGAUUUUCUUCAGUCGCAUUCGGAGAAGAGGUGGCUGGAACAAUAAUCCAAACUGUCUACAGUUAAAAUGGUCAUUAAGGGCGAUUUUGAUGAAAAAUGCUAUCAUGCCUUCCAAGAACGCAAAUGUUGCAAUCGAAGAACCUACAGAGAUAUUAUUUUCAGAGACGACUCCGAGCUCAGUACAUCACACACGUAACCAAAUGACCAAAUUUGCAAAGUUAUUGUCGGAUCCAUCAGAAUUCCAGGACCAUGUUUUAUAUUACAUGUCAGGUUAUAUUCGUUUACUUUGCUGUGUCCUGCUUCAAUCUAAAGUAGACAUUUAUUCGAUAGCCAAUUUCGAUUCACUUACUGCUCGAAAGGAUCGUGGGGGACUAGUAUAUGCUACCGAUGAUAUUUUCAAGGUUGUGAAAACUGCUGACAAGAUAAUGAGAUCAGAAUUGCUAGCAUUAGUAAAUCCACUUCACACAGAUAAAAACUUUAUAGAGAAAAUUUGUUCUAAAGUUAUUAUUGAACUCAGAGGUUCUAUUUUCAAGGAAUUAACUGAACAUUUCCUUGAUUGUGACUUUAUGGAAAAUGACCACUUUGCUCAACUCAUUAAGAAAAUAACAUCUCUAUUUGAUAAAACAGUAUUACAUCACCAUGGACGAAUAUACAGUGACAGGAAUCAAACAUGCAUCAAUGUAAAACAGUACGGGGAAGAUCAAGGCAUUGUUAGUGGUUCUAGGGGAAGAAGCUCUUCAAGAGGAAAAGUUACCAGAGGCAGAGGACCACCAUCGCAUAGCUGUAAGAAGCUAGAAGGCAGCAAACAAUGGUUACAGAAUUGA